UAAAUAGGAAACUGGACGUGAUGUGGAAUUAGAUCCUGCUCCAGUGAAUCCACCCAGCACUACCGUAAGAGAGAGAGGGGGAAAAAAUAUAGCAGCAAUGAAUAGGCCACAAAAUGGCUCCACUCACUUUUACCAAUGAAAAGCAAAUGGACGAUGGAGAGGCUGCCGGCGGAGCUGCCCCCCAGUGACCCGCGGGAUGCCCGGCCCCCCCAGCAGCACGAUCCGGGAGCGGAAGGCACGAGCGAGCCGGAGAGCAGCCGCGGGGGGAUGGAGGUCCCAGGAGAGCCCCAGCUGCUGCUCAAUGGGGUUUCCAAGGAGACCGGCCGGCCCUCCCCCGGGCCCCCCGCCGCCGCCGUGCCGGUGAUCGAGCUGGUGCGCAGGGACAUAAAAGGCCGCGAGGCGCCCGGCGAGGCGAUGCAGAGAGCGCCGGGCGCCGAGCCGUGCAGAGCCCCGGCCGAGGCCGCCUGCGACGCCCGCAUGGUGCAGCUGAGCCCCCCGGCGCUUCCCCUGCCGGCGGCCGGCAGAGCCAUGCUCUACAACAUCGGCCAGCCGCUGGCCACCAUCAACAGUGGGUUUUUUGGAGAGCCAGACAGCUUCUCAAUGUACAACAACAACAGAAUGAAAAGAAGACCGUCUCCUUAUGAAGUGGAGAUCAGUGAUGGUCCCCAUACAAAAGUGGUCCGCCGCAUUUUUACCAAUAGCCGGGAAAGGUGGAGACAACAGAAUGUCAAUGGUGCAUUCGCAGAGCUUCGUAAACUCAUUCCGACCCACCCACCUGACAAAAAACUGAGCAAGAAUGAAAUUUUACGUCUGGCUAUGAAAUACAUCAACUUCCUGGCCAAACUGCUUAAUGACCAGGAAGAAGAAGGAAACCAAAGGGGCAAAGCGAACAAAGACACUGGGAUAGUCCAAGAGGACCUCCUGCAGGACAUGUUGUCUCCAAACUCUAGCUGUGGAAGCUCUUUAGAUGGAGCAGGGAGCCCGGACAGCUUCACAGAAGAACAUGAAACAUUAGAUUCAAAGCAUACGAGGACUCUUCAUCACUCCAUUCUUCCUGUAGAAGGCAAUGCCCAGCGAUGACGACCUUACAGAUCCCUCCUAAAACACAGAGGGGAAAGUAAACCCUAAGUCUCUGGGUCUUGGAAUUACACCCUAUUUUCUCAGCUCUACAUCUCCAAAAAGAAAACAGGAACUUGAGCUCGUCAAGUUCUCACUCCAAUAUUUCUAAAGGUCACAAUCCCUGAACUAAAAGGACAGUGAGUUGAUGGAGAACAAGACCAAAUCAAGUGGACAUUCAACAUUUAGGUACUUGAUCGGAUGGAGAUGAAAGUCAUCUUAUUGUACAUAUUGUUCAUGGAUGUAAUACUGGAUGGGGGGAGGGAACAUUGCUGACACCUCUUCAAUAUCAAGUGAUUUGAUGAUGAUCUCUUGAAACAGAAUAAUCAUGGAUCAGAAACAGGCAGCAACUCCCUCUUUCACUGCCAAUGGAAGCUACAUGUCCCUUCCAUUUGCAUGUGGCACUUGGAAACUACCAAAAUCUCUAACAGUUCUGCAGCAUCUCUCCAAACCAUUCUGAUGACGUAUAUGCAACUUGUCGGUGUGGAAGCUAGGACAAUGCCUUCUUGUUGUCCAAGAGCUUUUGACUGUACCUUUUUAAAGAGCUGAAAAAUGCCUCCCACUAAAGAACUAUUACAAGGAAUGAGACUUUUUUUUUUUUCCCCAAAAAAACCCCCAAAACCUUAGCCUAACUUUGGAUUGUUUGAGGUGUUGUAUUUAUGAUAUGGAAUUACUUCUGUUUAAUAACCAUCAUGCAGUAUCCACUGAAAGAAAAGGUACACAGAUGUUUCCUGCUCUCUCCCUUCCCAACUACUGCGCAAUGGCUGAAAUCCUGGCCCUGUUGAAGUCUACGGGAAUCUCGUCACUGGCUUCAGUGGGGACAAGACGUCACCCGAGGAUUACACAUUUCAGUAUGGGCGAGCAGGAAUUUUCCUUGCAAUUGUCAUCCUGGUAUUUUAGUUAAAAACAAAGGCAGGGGUGGAAUAACAAAUUGUGUGUGUGUGUGUGUGUGUGUGUGUGUGUGUGUGUGUAGAAGGGAUAUAAAAGAGAUUUAAUUAUGUGCUUUGACUUGUUGGGUUUUACCCAUUUGGAAAGGAUGGUUAUUUCACUUACCCUCCCCUCUCCUGUCUGUUCAUUAGCCCCCCGGUUUGAUCCUGCCUUUUUGUCUACUUAAGACUUCCGCCGGAGCCUUGUCUACACAAGGAUGUGUGGCCAUCUCUAGACUUCUCAGAAGCAAAGCAGUUGACCUGGGCUCUGAGACUCACAGCCGCGGGUUUGUUCUUGCUGUGUAGAUUUACACUAAGGCCUGGUCUACACUGGGGGGAUCGACCUAAGAUAUGCAACUUCAGCUACGAGAAUAGCGUAGCUGAAGUCAAUGUAUCUUAGUUCGACUUACCUUGGAUCCUCAUGGCAUGGGGUCGAUUGCCGCGGCUCCCCCGUCGACUUUGCUUCUGCCUCUCGCCGAGCUCGAUCCAGUACAGCAGUCGACAGGAGACCGCUCGGGGAUCGAUUUAUCGCGUCUAUACUACACGCGAUAAAUCGAUCCCCGAUAGAUCGAUUGCUACCCGCCGACCCAGCGGGUAGUGUAGAUGUAGCCCGAGAUUCAGUGCUAUUAGCGACACAUACAGCAAUUCCCAGGCAUGCAGACGUACUGUAAGUUGGUGGCCACAUAUAACCAGAUCACUUUAAAAAAGAAAUUAUCCUCCAUCUGGAGAUGUCCAUUGAAUGACACUUUAAAAAAAGCAGAGUACUUAAAAAGUGUGGCCUAGAUUCUCAACUAGCGCAAAUCAGGGUCAUUCCAUUGACUCCCAUACUAUGGCAGUUUACACAGGCUGAGGAGCUAGACCCUGCAUAUCCCAUGAACAGCAGAACCUACAUAGGACUCUCUUUUUCCCACUUGCUAAUGAUCGAUGGAGCAAUCGCACCAGAAACAAACUUUCUCGUUAUCCACUUGCUCAACAGAGAUUCAGAAAAAUCCACACAAUGCUGGAAAGCCCCCUUCUUUGUAAGGGAAAAUCACUAGAAUGAGUACACUUCAUACAACCCUAUCUCUUAUUUAUCAUAGGUGUUGAGGUACAAGGCAAUGCAGAUAUUUCCAUGUGUGAGCAUUUAGAGCCAUUAGUUUGCCUAUUGGAAAGCCAGGUUGACCCUAUUUUUAUUUCAGGGUACAGUCACUUCUUUUUUUUAAUGCCUGUUUAUGAAAAUGGGUCGAUACUAUCUUGGAAGUAAUAUGAGUGAGGCUGGGUUCUCUCGGUGUUGUGUGUGGGUAUAUUUAGGAGGAUGCUCUGAGUUCCCCAUUGAUAUUUUAGGGUGAUCCCAAUCCCGUAAAUGGUCUCAGAAUUCACCCCUAUGCAGAGGGCCAGUACAUUGCACAUAUAAAGUCCUCAAAUGGGGCUCAGGUGAGACUUACAUUAUGUGGGCAUUAGUCAGGGUCAGUUUCACCGUCUGGUCUUAUCUAAAGGCCAGACCUUGCUCCAAAGGGAGUUGUCACUGACUUCAACUCAGACGCCGAUCGGGGACGCUUUCUGUGAUGGGGGGAACUAUAUAGUGGGGUAAGAAAUUGGAACCUGAGCCUGAGAGAUGCUGAGGACUCUUAACUCCUGCAGGGGGCGCUCAUCACUUUGCAAGAUCAGGGGCUCAGUAGUUUCUGGGGGAGGAGGGAGAGACAUUUUGUUAUGAAGAUGAAGUCUUAUUCCUUUUUUUAAGGGAUUGAAAUAAUAAUGACAUUUUACCCCUUUUUGGACGGAUAUUCCAAGACAAGUCAUUUCAAAUGUUAGAAAUCCCCCCUCCCCCCUUUUUUUUUGUAUCUGAAAGGAAGACAAAAAUGGUACAACUUAUAACCCUUUUACAAAACACAUAUAUUUGUAGCCUCUUAGCAGAAUACAACUUAAGUAUAUCUGAGGUAUGUAUAGUUGUACUUUAAUUGUGAUUUGAAUGGUACAUCUCCUAUUUCUCCAUCUCUUCUUCUGCCUGCUCUGUGUCUUGGUGUAUAUAACAUCAUCCCAUUUAUGUUUGGAAUCAGCACUUUCAGUCAAUGUUGUACUCUGUGAUGAAUUCUUUUCUUUUCUUUUUUUAAAAUUCCUUUGGUUUCUGCAUUUUUCUGCAGAAGUUAAGUAACCAGACCUGGUACCCUUAUUAUCUUUGUAAAGCCGAUUAGGCAACCCACUGUGGAUGUGCUAUUUAGAAAACACAUUUGUUGUAAUGUGUGUGUAUAUAUAAAUAUAUAUAUAUAAUGAAUAUAUCGAGAAUAUUUCUAAAUAAAGUUUUACAAAUCA